CACCUCAGCCUCCCCCGUAGCUGGGACUACAGGCAUAUGCCACCAUGCCCGGCUUCUCAGAGCUGCAAUUUUAAAUUGGGAGCCAGGGAAGACCUCCCUGUGGAGGUGGCAGGUUAUCAAGACUGAAGGUGUAGAGAAGAACCUUCCAGUCAAAGGGAAAAGGCAGGUUCUGCUGUGCUCAGGAAUGGCCACAAGUACUAUCAUCCCCAUCUUAGAGAUGUGGACAGGGCCGCAACAGUGUCAGGGCGUUUCCUGGCUCCUCAACAGCAGGAUCCGAAGUCGUCUGGAGGAUGUGCCGCUCUGCUUGGGGCGGACCUCCCCUGGAGCGCACCUCCCCUGGAGCGCUCGGGCGCGCAGGGUGCACACAGCCCUCUUGGACCCCGGGACCGGCUCAGGCUCGGCGUCAGCAAAGGGACCUGCGCGGCGCCCUGGGGCGGAGGAGGCCCGAAGGCCACAGGCCGCCGCCCGGUCUUCUUCUUUACCCGAAGGGCGGCCGCGGCGGAUGGGAAGCCGUGCACGACGAGCACAAUCUCCAUGGGGAGGAGAACAGGAAUGUUCCUGUGAGCCCCGCCGCGCCCUACCGCCAGCGCAGCCCAGCAUCGCGGGUCCCCUCCUAUCCCACCGGAGAACGGGGUCCUCACUCCCAGCUUCAGCCGAGCCCUGGCCCCGCAACUGCCUGAAGGCACGCCCCCUGCACCUGCCCACCUCAGGUCCCGCCUCCAGCCCAGCAGCCAAGAUCGCCGGUCUCUACAAUGACUCGGAGCCACCCUGGAAGACCAUGCGCAGAGGGGUGCUGAUGACCCUGCUGCAGCAGUCGGCCAUGACCCUGCCCCUGUGGAUCGGGAAGCCUGGUGACAAGCCCCCACCCCUCUGUGGGGCCAUCCCUGCCUCAGGAGACUACGUGGCCAGACCUGGAGACAAGGUGGCUGCCCGGGUGAAGGCCGUGGAUGGGGACGAGCAGUGGAUCCUGGCCGAGGUGGUCAGUUACAGCCAUGCCACCAACAAGUAUGAGGUAGAUGACAUCGAUGAAGAAGGCAAAGAGAGACACACCCUGAGCCGGCGCCGUGUCAUCCCGCUGCCCCAGUGGAAGGCCAACCCGGAGAUGGACCCCGAGGCCUUGUUCCAGAAGGAGCAGCUCGUGCUGGCCCUGUAUCCCCAGACCACCUGCUUCUACCGCGCCCUGAUCCAUGUGCCCCCACAGCGGCCCCAGAAUGACUACUCGGUCCUGUUUGAAGACACCUCCUAUGCAGAUGGCUAUUCCCCUCCCCUCAAUGUGGCUCAGAGGUACGUGGUGGCUUGUAAGGAACCCAAGAAAAAGUGAUGCCGCCUGGCAGACUCGCCAUCCCCCAACGACACAGGGCAGGACAGCAGAGGACAUGCUCGGAUUAAACACAU